AUGCACGCAACCGUGUCAAUCGACCCACACGUAAGAUUAUCACCCAACGACGCCACUACCCUUACUUACCUCCCAGAGCCGUUUUUUCGUUUUUUCGUCGAAGCUCUACUUUGGCUACUGUGCUUAUCUCUAACUAGCUAUAAGGCCUCGGGCGAUUUAGGUGCAGGGAAUGAUGAUGAACCUUCUCAUGCAAUGAUUAUGUCUGGUCAUUUUGGUUUUCCUCCAACUCGGCAUGAGAACUUUCUGUUGGAACCUGAAUACAAUAUGAUAUGCAGUGAAAAAGGAGGUGAAGAUGAUACUCCUCUGUUGCUUGCAAAGGAAAGGGGUAAACUGAAAGCAAGUGAAGAAGAAAUUGUGAGUAUAAAAGGGAUGAUAUCUGAUGAAUUUCCCAGAAUUCAAAUUUUGGAUGAAAAGAAUAGUAGGUUCUCAGCCAGUGGUACAGACUUCGAAAAAGAUAUGGCCUUUGACAAAGAGCAGAGUAUGUACAGCACUGCCGAUUUUAGUUCGUUCCAUAGUGAAGCAACCAUGGGAAAUUCCGACACUGUUGAGAAAGAUCUAGAGAUGAAAGACAUUCUAGAACCUUUUUACUGUGCCUCAGAUUCAGGCAUGUCAAAUUUCCCAAUGCCUGCUGAGGAAGAUAAAUAUGAUGGUGCUGGCAUUCCAUGUGAAGCUUGGUGGAAAAGGCAUGCUGCUUCUCUAUAUGCCCAUGCCAAAGAAGAGAAUACAUUUUGGUCAAUUUUCGUUGCAGCAGCUGUCAUGGGGCUUGUAAUUCUUGGCCAGAAGUGGCAGCAAGAGAGGUGGCAAGUUUUGCACCUCAAGUGGCAAUUUGGCAUCAAUGAUGAGGUACUGAGGAUGGGCAGAAUGCUUAAUCCCAUAUCUCGACUGAAAGAAGUGCUUGUUGGUGGCCACCGACGUGGUUCAUUAAUACGUGGGAGCACCCCAGCUGAACGUUAA